AUUGUCGAUUCAUCAGUCGCACAGCUCUGCCAGCAACAUCAACAGCAUCAGCAUCAGCAACAGCAACUUUUGCUUUAAUAAAAGGAAUACUCAAAGAAUCUCAUCAUGAACUUCUACAAGAUCUUCGUCUUUGUUGCUCUGAUCCUGGCCAUCAGUGUGGGACAGUCGGAGGCCGGUUGGCUGAGAAAGCUUGGAAAGAGACUUGAACGCGUUGGCCAGCACACCAGAGAUGCCACAAUUCAGGUUGUGGGAAUUGCUCAACAGGCCGCCAAUGUGGCAGCGACAGCCAGAGGAUGAACAUGAUAUUAAUUUUACACCCGACACCUAACUUUUAAACUUAUUUAUUUUAAUUUUAAUUUUGUAUUUACGAGAAUUAAAAAAA